CGUAGCUGAAGAUGCCCACUACCUAUUGGUCUGCGCGCCGUGUUCAAAUCAAGUACCCAGCACAUACCUUACAAGUACCUGACAAGUACCUCAAUACUUAGGUAAGUAGGCUGCCGUCGCAGAGGGCCAGUUGUCAUCGGUAACAGAGCUGGUUUUCUGUCGUCACCAGCGCACCAAUUCGACUUGUCCAAGCUAUCAUAGGCAGCUCUACACAGUUUCGAGGCUCUUAUGGUAUUAUUAUUAAAAGGAUUAUUCUUCUUCUUCUUCCCUUCGCAGCAACCCCACGACACCGUCAUUAGUCCUAUCGUCACCACACUCCCUCGAUACUCGUCCUUUCUCUCUUCCCUUUUCCCCUUCAGUCUCAUCGUUGUUGUUUCUUCUGCAUUGCGACGCCUCCUAGACCCUACCCAUAUUGAUCCGUGUGCUAUCCUAAACAAAGUAGCUUGCCUACGCCCUCUUCAGUCUCGCAUGGCUACUGUCGAUCCAUGAGCACAGCUACCCAAGGUACCGUCAACUUCAGGCUACCUCUCCUCACCGCUACUGCUUCUCCGCCUCUAUCUAUCUUGUCAGUACUACGUACCACUUCCGCCAUGGUCUUGUAAUUUAGCCCUUCGCAUCGACUCAAACAACAACAUGGUGUCGCUUUGGCCUUGGAAGGGCGAUGGCUUAUCCCCGGCCGAGUUUGAGAAAACCCUCGCGACUUUGUCCACUAAGAUCACGAACACCCAAGCUCAGCUGGAACAGGUGCGCAAUAGCUCUCGCCGCAUCAAGCUCUUGUGGACGCUGUAUCUCUCUUUUGGAUACCUCGUCUAUGCUAUAGUCUUGACCCUGGUCGUGGGAUGGCAGAACUUAGGUCCCUGGGAAUGGACCGGUAUGGCCGGCGGACCUGUGCUCAUCUACGUUGUUCGGACAGUCGCCAAUGCAUACUACAGCUUUCGGCUAGACACACUCGAAUCUCGCCUCAAGGACAGGCAAGCGGAGCGCGCCAAGACCAUCCAGAAGCUCAAGGACGCUACCAGAUAUGACUCGACCCUCGAGUUGCUCGAGAAGUACGGAGGCUCAAACGACAAACGAAACAAGGUGAAGAAACAAAAAGAUGGAACCGAGGGCGCGCCGACACCGGAAAGCGACGUCUCAAGGAAGAAGCAUCGUCAAAGUAUCGACUCCAGUCACCUCACAGGAAGAACACACCUCCCUCCACCGCCUACCGCUAAUAUUCAAAGGCCAUCGACGGCUUCAGGUCUGCCGCCAAACAGGCAAGACCAGUUCCCCAGCUCGCGCCUAGAACCAAUUCCAUCGUCACCACAGCACCAGCCAAUCGAGGAAUUCGCUCCCAAUGCGGGGCCCCUCCCACCCACUUACAACCAAUACGAGAAUCCUGGCCCCCCUCGCUGGUACGAUCGCAUACUAGACCUUAUGCUAGGCGAGGACGAGACGGCACCCAAGAAUCGAAUCGUUUUAAUCUGUCAGAAGUGCCGACUUGUCAACGGUCAGGCACCCCCUGGGGUUAGGAACGUGGCUGAGCUUGGGGCUUGGAAAUGCAUGGGCUGUGGCGCUACCAACGGUGAAAUGGACGAAGGCAAAAAGAUCAUACAAGAAGUGCUAGGUGCCAAGAGCACGAGUCGGGAUGAGAGCCGUAGCGCCGACGAGAGAGACACCGAUCGAUCUAGCGACGUAGUUAAGGUCGAACAGGAAGGUGACGACAAUACCCAGAGUGAGGCAGAGACGAGGCGCAACAUGCAAGAGUUUCGAGCAAAGAGACGUGAUAAAAAGUCACAGAUGGUUCCAUAGCUCCAGAGAUCUAUCACAGCUACAGCUCGCCUAGGUAGAUACUGCAUAUGCAUAUGUUUAUUUGUCACUAUAUAAAAUCAAAAUGUCGCUUCCUAA